UGGGAACCAACCAGAUAAUCAUCUAACCCCGGACGAUUUUAAUGUUACACACAAACCAAAACUCGGGGCAGGGAGGCGGUGUCAAGCCUAAUUGUUUAUGUGUGAUCGCCUCAGCAGUCACACCAAAUAGCGGGCUGGUUAGGUCAUUUCCAACAGAGUUCAGAGAGUCGAAAGGUAAUGCUCAGUGCAGACCGAUCUGAACUAGCGAAGAUGACCGCAGCGAGUCAAGCGGAGAGGACUGUGCUGGAGGAAGAAUUUAAUUGGCUGCUGAAAGAAGAGGUGCAUGCAGUGCUGAAACAGCUGCAGGACAUUUUGAAGGAGGCAUCAAGGCGUUUUUCAGUGCCAUCAACAGGUCUGGAAGGACAACUGAAACAAGAGAAUUUUAUUCUGGGCAGCUCCACGAUGGACCAGGUUAAAGGGGUUUUGACACUACAAGGAGACGCUCUGACUCAGACUGAUAUUAAUAUCAAAGUUGUUAAAAGCAGUCAAGUCAUGCAUUUUGCAUUCCGGGACGAUAAACAGUGGAAAUUGCAGCAGAUCCAGGAUGCCCGAAACCAUGUGAAUCAGGCCCUCCAGUUACUAAGCAGCCGUGAUGAGAGCUAUCACUUUAAAACUGGGGCUGAAGUUAAUAAGCUUAUGGAUGCAGUGAUGCUUCAGCUGACCCGAGCACGUAAUAGACUCACUACCCCAGCCAGCAUGACUCUUUCUGAGCUUGCAUCUAGUGGAUUAAUGAAAAUGUUUACACCUCCAAUGCCUGGGGAUGUGAUAGUGAACUUCUAUAUCAAUCUCAGCAAACUGUGUCUGACAGUGUACCAACUGCAUGUGCUGCAGCCUAACACUACCAAGAACUUCAAAUCUGCAGGAAGUUCAGUGCUGCAUAAUCCAGGGGCGAUGUUUGAAUACAACAACACUAAGUUUGAGAUCAGCCAUGUCCAUAAGGUGGAAUGUGUGGUUCCCUGGCUGAAUGACACUCUGGUGUUUUUCACCAUUUCCCUGCAGCUCUGUCAACAGCUCAAAGAUAAGGUAAAGUGAAUAACAUUGAUCAUCUCCUAACAAGGCCACAUGAAUGGCAAAAAUCCUGCCAAAAAAUGGGAGGAUCUCAGCUUUCUAAUGACACCUAGAUUGAGCUUCUAGUCCACUCAGAGUCUGAGAUAUUCAAUGAAACAAUGGAGGUGCUGCAUAAACUGAAAAUUAGACUGAAUGUCUAUGGACGAGCACAUCUGCGAGGGCUACAAUUUGUUAGAGCACCACCUACAUUUCAGAUUUGCAAGGUGAUAGUGGAAAAAAUAUUUUUUGUAGUACUUGCUGCCAUCUAGUAGAACAAAAUAUGAUUUUAUUUGGAGGGAGAUGGAGUGAACAGUACCAGAAUUACAUGCUUACAAAGUUGACAACAACACAAAAAAUAUAUAUUUUUUAUUUUUAUUUUUAUUCUAUUCAUCAUAGAAUUGUAAACAUACAAUAUUAUUUAUGAAUAAUUGGAGUCUUUUUUUUUUUAAGGGUGGUUCUGAAAAAAAUGAGACAAAUUUUUGGCAAUUAGUCUACAAUAUAUGUAAAUGGUGAGCUUUUAAAUAUGUGUGAAAAUUUGCAGGCGGCAGCCCAAAAAUGCACCAGAGCUGAAGAAGUUAAGAGAUUUAACUAGCACAGUGCAGGAAAUUGGUUGCCAGGGACAACAGUCAAAUAUACAUUUUGGCAGUCAUUAUACAAAAAUAUUUGAUUGCAUAAUGCUGUGAUUGACCAAUCAGAAACUAGUAUUUCAUAGAGCCAUGUAAAAAAAAAUAUAUAUAUAUAAAAAAAUAUAUAUAGACAUAAACUGGUCCUUUCAGGUCAUUCAAAACUGAUUUUUUUUUUACAAUAGAAGAUGAACUUACAUGGUCAUUUCUUUUUAUUUGCAGAUUUCUGUCUUCUCUAGUUUCUGGAACUAGACCCUUUUAAGCUAUAUCCGACCAAAGCUCCUUUGCAAUGAAAUGAUUAUAAAAUGAAAUAAUUACUAUACUUUAGGAUGCACUAGGAACAAAAUAAUUCAGAGAACAAGUUACAUAAAGUAAUUCCCUUUACUAUAGGACUAUGUAUUGUUUAUUCAUGUGAGGCAUACAAAGUUUAUUGUACAGUAUGUGUACUGCAGCAGUGAUAUUGUGCUAUGUAAAAUGUGCUGAAUCCAUUCAUUUGAAACAGGCUUGUCAGAUGAAGGUAUUCAGUGACAUUUAUUCCUUUAUGUGUUCAUGCAGUAUUUGUCAUUGUUGUCAGUGUUGAUCUGUUUGUCAGUAAUCUUGCCUAUAUUUAAGCUAACCAUAGGCCUAGACUUUAGAAUGGAAAUGCUACUAAAUACAUGAUGCUUGGAAUUCUUAGUUCUCGUUUGUCACAAAGACUGUGAAAUAUUCCAUUCUAUUUAAUGAGACCUCUUCAAAUCACCAGUGUUUUUGCCUUUUAGUUCGUGGGGGUGUUUAACACUUGAACACUUUGGAGGGAUAGACAUUAUAUCAGGGACUCUCCCACGGUGAAACAAAGUAAAAACAUUAACAUUAUUGUGCACAAAUGAACUACAGUAUAUUUGCCAAUGUAACUGAACUGUGGUAUAAUUCUAGUAGAAGAACUCCGCUGAUUAAUAACACUAAAUGACAUAUAACAAUUAAUGGUGUGAGGGCUUUCAUAUUAUCAUUCCAUUAAAAUACUUAUUCCUGAGGAUGUUGUGAUUAGGGAAUCGAGUUUGCCAUUUCUAAUGAGCAUCAUUCCAUGAUGAAUUUUUUUUUUCACUCAAUAGUUCUGAUUCUUGUAACUUAAGAUCGUUCAAUGUUUGUGAUUGUUACAGAAAGGUUUUCUCUGUUCAUUUACUCUAUUCUCAGCUUUGUCUGUUUAUUUAUUGGUAAUUUUUAUUUAUUCCAUGCACUUAAUUUGUGUCCUCAAUGACAGUAUGUUAAUUUGAAUACUGAUUAAAAUGUUUAAAUAAAUAUAUAUAUAUAUUUUCAUGGUAUGUUUCAUGGUUAAUAUUGAAUAUUCUGUGCAAUAAACGUACCUUAUGAACA